UAAUGGAUUAUCAGAAAUUAUUUAAUGUCAUUCCAAAAGAACCUCGUAGAUGGACUUAAAGUGAUGUUGAAUCCUGGUUAGAGUUUAUUGGAUUACAAGAUUUAUCAGAUGUUUUCUGUAUUAGUUUAUAAUUAUAUACAAUAGAAAGAAAUGCUAUUGAUGGGGCUUGUUUAGAAGUAUUAAAUGAUGACGACUUGAAUGAAUUAGGGAUUAGCUCUAAUGUUAAAAAGAAGAAGAUUUUAUAAUGGAUUCAAAAUGGAUUUAUAGAAUAUAAAUAAUUUGUUAGAAACAAUGUCGGUUAAAGUGAAUGGUCAAUUGCAAGCAAACAAAUUGUAAACAAAGAAAAUCUUGAUUAUACUCCAAUUUAAAGAUUGAAUGAUUUCAAGCCAAGAAGAGAUAGUUUCUAAGAUAAUCAUAAAGUGGAAUUGGUAGAAUCAAUGAAAGUAGUUGAAGCACCUCAAAUCUUAAAAUAACCAAAAUAAAAUUUAGAAGCCACUAAGAUUCCAUCAUAUCCUAAUUCAAUAAAGUAGAUGGAAUCAAUACAUAUUAUUGAACUUGUUUGCAUAGGUGAUAAUUAGAAGAUAUGUGUCACAGAAAAAGGACUUAGUAUUGGAAGAAAUCCAGAGAAUACUCUAGUGUUAAGUGAAGAUUAUGUAAGUAGAAAUCAUUGUAUGAUUGAAUUUGAUCAGAAAACAAAGAAUUUUUAUUUGAAAGAUACAGGUAGUACUUCUGGAACUUUUGUAUUAUUAAUGCAACCUUCAUUGAUGAGAUUAGGGUUAAUUUUACAUAUGGGUAGCAUGUAAUAUAAAAUAGAGUAGAUGAAUUGUAAUAAUCAAUAAUGUGAUGUUGUAUUAAGAGUAAUAGAAGGUUAAUAGAAAAAUUAAAAAUUUUCAUUUUAAUUAGUUAAAAAUUAGAAUUGUCUUAAAUUUGGUAGAUAAUUAGAUCAAUUUAGAAUGGAUACAGUAAUUAUUAAUAUUAAUUAAUAGCAUUUAUCUGGUAUUCAUUCCUAAUUUAGUUACACAAAUGAUGGAUUGAUUUUGGAAGAUAUGGGUAGUAGAAAUGGAGUAUGGGUUAGAUUGAGUGAAUAAGGUUAGUGUAGUGAAAGAGUGAAGUUAACUUAAGAUAGAUAAUUUAGACUUGGGUAUGAAAAAAUAUAUUUGUGUAAUAUAAAUAAUAUUAAAUGAAUAAUAAUUAAGCCAAUUCAGCAAUUUCUAUCAAAUUAGUCAUUGUGGGUGAUGGUAGUGUUGGGAAAACAUGUAUUUUGAUUAGGUAAGUAUGAUCAAGUUAAAUAUAGAUACACAUAAGACAAAUUUCCAACAGAUUAUGUGCCAACUAUUUUUGAGAAUUAUUGUGCAUAAGUAUUAUAUGAGAAUAAAAUGGUAAACCUUAAUUUAUGGUAAUCUAAAAUGUAUAUAAAUAAAAAAGGGAUACAGCAGGACAAGAAGAAUAUAAAUAAUUAAGAUCUAUCAGUUAUCCACAAAGUGAUGUUUUUUUAAUUACAUUUUCAGUAGAUGAGCCAAGUUCAUUCUAAAAUGCUAUUAAAAAAGUAAAUAUUUAUUAUUAAUUAUAUAUAGUGGUAUCCUGAAUUACAAGCAGAUCAACCAAAUGCUCCUAAGAUAUUUAUAGGAAAUAAAAUUGAUAUGAGACCAACAGAAAAUGUUAAUGAGAAUAAUUUUGUUACUUACAAUAUUGCAUAAAAAGUUGUUUCAGAUCUAGGAUGUAAGUACAUUGAAUGCAGUGCACUUAAUGGAACCAAUUUAAAAUAAAUAUUUUAAGAAGCCAUUAAAUAAGCCAUGAAAAAGAAAUUCCCUUAAUAAGUACCUCAAACUACAGGACCAGCAAAGAAUUAAUCUGGAGCUCAAAGAAAGAGUAAUUAGAAUGAAAAUGCUGAUGCAAGUGGAAAAUGUUAAAUUUAAUGAU